UUUCCCGGCUGCCGCGCAGGAGCAGCGACCCGCCAACACGCUCCCCGGGAGACGCACGGAUCCGCCGGGAACACACCGGGAACACACCGUGCACAGGCGGGUCGCUCAAGUCCAGGGAUCGAACCCACUUCACGGACGUACACUCUUGGACGUUUGAAUGGAAGCGGACGGCUUCGUGUCCCGGCGAACGUCCGCGGAAGCACCGGGCGUCGACAGCCGCGUCGCGGGCGCCGCAGCCGGGGCAGAGUUCCGAUGGCUGGGCGGCAGGCUCCUGGACGCCGCCGGGGGAUUUGUCGGCUCCCUUUCGUCGAGGAUGCCCGGGGAACAGGACUUUGCCCCCGUGUUGCAUCGAGCGACGCCGACGGACACCCCGACCUCUGCGGAGCCGGACGUGGACUAUGAAGGGCUUCCGCAGGGAGAAGCCACCAGCACUCACAUGCUGGCAGGAGCCGUGGCUGGAAUCAUGGAGCACUGCCUCAUGUACCCCAUCGACUGUGUCAAGACUCGUAUGCAGAGCCUGCAUCCGGAACCCGGAGCGCGCUACAGGAACGUGAUGGACGCCCUGCGGCAGAUCGUGCGGACUGAGGGUGUGUGGCGGCCGAUCAGAGGCGUGAACGUGCUGGCGGUCGGCGCGGGGCCCGCCCACGCUCUCUACUUCGCCUGCUACGAGAAGAUCAAGUUUUCACUCAGUGGCGCUAUUCACCCCGGAGCUAACAGCCACUUUGCUAAUGGAGUUGCAGGCUGCAUGGCCACGGUGCUGCACGACGCCCUAAUGAACCCGGCUGAAGUUGUGAAACAGCGAAUGCAGAUGUUCAACUCGCCUUACCGCAGUGUGUUGGACUGCAUGGGCUCGUUGCUGAGGCGCGAGGGCCCGGCCGCUUUCUACCGCAGCUACACCACCCAGCUGACCAUGAACGUGCCCUUCCAGGCGCUCCACUUCAUGACCUACGAAUACCUCCAGGAGCUCCUCAACCCCCACAGACAAUACAACCCUUCCUCCCACGUAGUGUCUGGCGCGCUGGCUGGAGCUCUGGCUGCCGCCGUCACUACUCCCCUCGACGUCUGCAAGACCCUCCUCAACACACAGGAGGCGCAGGCUAUCCACGUGAUCCAAGCCGAGGCAGCCACGGCAGCUGGAGCGGUCGGAGCUGCCGCCGCCACCGCCCCGGUCAGCCGGCACAUUUCUGGUCUGGGCGAGGCCUUUCGGACAGUGUACAGGAUGGGAGGCAUGCCGGCGUUCUUCAAGGGCGUCCAAGCCCGGAUCAUCUACCAGAUGCCCUCCACGGCAAUCAGCUGGUCAGUGUACGAGUUCUUCAAAUACAUCAUCACCAAGCGGCAGCACGAGAGACGGCUGCGCGGAGACCGCGACGGAGACAAAUAAAGAGGUCUCAUCUAUGAAGUUCUGAAGAAAACAAACCUGAAUUUUAGAUUAUUUGAGAAAAUAUUCAACUUUUAAUUUGUUUACUGAGAUCAGCUAAGUGCAGUCUUGUCUAUUUCAAAGCAGGUGAGGUCGUGAAGUCAAUGUGGGGUUUACAAAAGGUCCGUCGAUAACCAUCCAUAAGAAGAAGGCUUUGGAACAGCAGACAGGAAGUGGUUCCGUGAACCCGCCCCAUUAACAUCUCAUUCAUGUUCAUGGGUAACAGUCAAAGUAAAGUUCAAUUUGUCCCUUUUGAACAAAGACACAUUUACUCCUUACUUCCUGUUGACCACCUACAAUGCAGUUUUGUAUCAUAUUGUGAUUUGUGUUUGGAUCCUGUUCUGAACUCCAGCGCAGCCGAUUUAAACAAAUCCUGAGGUAAAAGUUCUGAUUCAGCUUUAAUGUUUAAUUUGAUGCUGUUUAUGUUCACUUCAGAUGAACUGUGCUUGAGUUGUAGCUGCUGCACUUUUACCUCUGUUGUGUUUUGAGGACAGAACAAAAAUGUGUCCGUGUCCGAGUAUUUCAGAACUGCACUGUAAAGAGGGUUACCAGCAAGUAUUCAAACCAUGUUACCUUCGGCCCACAGGGGGCGCACAGCUCAACCACAAUGGGAAACAAACAGAUGUUACAGAAUCAGCCAUAUUGGAUUAGUGUGAAUUCUCUACACGGAACGAGGAUCAUAAAUAAUGUUGAUUUUGUUUUGAGGGAAAUGAAAAGUAUUUCUUUCCCGUGGAACACACACACACACAAAUUAAAAGUUAAUUCAUGAUAAUCUAUCUUUUCCUCAGGUCUCGUCAGACCUCGGUAAGAUUCAAUAACUUUAUUUAUAACGCACCUUCUCAUGCAGAAGGAAACAUUCUAACGCAACAAGUCAAACGCAACAAAUAAAGACAGAUGCAACACAAGUGCUUUUAAAUUCACGCACAUCUGCACGGCGACUCGUCGGCGAGGUCGCAGCCGUGAAGGUCACGUUUACAUUACAGUAGAUAUUUUAUUUCUUUAUUCAGACCAUGCCACAUAUUCAGUGCAGCAAAAUUAUGCAAUAUCGUUAUAAAUAGGUCCUCGGUGAACAUGUCAACAAACUGGGAAUGUUCGUAUAAAAUGCAGAACUGGUAAAUAGUGUUAGGAACUAAAGAGCAUUUCAUGGAGAACGUUUUUACAAUAAGAUUUUAACGUCAUUUUCAUUGCACAUCAUCUAAGCACUUAAUAACGUCAUCAUUGUCAGAACAAGAAAACUAUAUAAAGAAAAAUAAAGAAUCUACUUCUACAUAUGCCUUCUGUCAGCCGCCAUACAUCCAACGCACAACUGCUACAAGAAAAUCCUCAUAUAGAAAUAAUAAUGUGUUUUGAAGCCAUAAAUCAGGAUAAAAUGUACCUAAUAUAUAUAAAAGUAUACAUAUGGGUAAAUAGUGAUGAACCCAAAAACUCUAACCAGCUAAGUUUUAGAUUCAACUGGUGUAAAUUAUUCAAAUAUGAAGCUACAAGUUUUUUCGACUGCUAUAGAUGGAGCUUGGGGUUUAAAACACAAAGCGAUGAGUAUUUUAAAAAUGAUUGUAGGGAGUGUGUUCCUCGUGUGAAGCCAGGUUUCAACAUCGGGAAACAGGAGAACAGGAGAGGAACCGGUGGUUUGUCGGACGACGACGCUAAUGUGAAAAGCUUGAACACUGUGUGAAAGCGACACCUGUAUUUUGUGAAUUGUAAAUAAACUCGCUAAGGCAGCUCCUCGCAGAAGCAGGGUCUUCUCUUGGUGCUGGCUCUCCAAGCGCUGAGAGAAUUUAAA